AUGAAACGGAAGCUGGACGACAGCGCGAAAGAGCCGAAUAAAAGCAGUCGGUACAGCACGAGGGCGACAACGCAGGCAGCGGCCGCGGUGGUCAAUCGCGGCCCCGUGGCGGAUCAGAGAAAUAACACCAACCACGAGGAAGCGACGACGCUGCAGUCGGCACUGGAGUUGCUCGGUGCGUACCGCACCGUGGUCCAAGAGCUAAGAGAAGCCAUCAAAGGCCAGAACGAGACCGUCCGCGCGCAGCAAGAAGCGAUCCGCGAGUUGAAAGAGGCGGCUGAGGAGCAGCACACUUUGAUUCGUGAUUUGACCCAACAACUACAAAAUAACCAAAAACAGACAGCCGACGACCUGAAGCGCGUUCAUCAGCAACUUGAAGCUAUCACGGCGACCACAGUCUCUACCCCGCAGAGUUCUUUCACUGACGUCACAAGUUCGUCGCCAUCACCACAGUCCACGUACGCCCAAGUUCUCUCGUCCGCCAAUACGGCACGGACGACCGCGACAAAAACGUUCCACUGCACGAUUGACACGUCCAUGGUCGAAGAUGGACAAGAGAACCGCAUCACUGCUGGUGCGGUUCGCACCCUCGUCGAGGGUGAGGUCCGGGCUGAACGGGAUUGUGCCAAUUGGCGAUGCCGUGCGGUGACCACGGAUGCACGCAACCGAACGCGAUUUAGAAUUAUCUGCCGAGACGAAGCCGAGCACCAGCUGGUGAAACGUCUCGUUAGCACGAAGCUGCCGCGAGGCGUGCGGAUGUUGCGGGAUGAGGUUCACCCCGUCCGCGUGGAUCAUGUCAACCGGACUGCUGUCCUCGACGAGACGGGUACCGUUCUCCGAGGAGUGACCGAGGCGUUAAGCAAAGAAAACGACGUCCAGAUCGAAAAGAUCGGAUGGCUUAGCCAUAGCGACUCGCCGAAGGCAUACGGCUCCAUGGUCGUGUACCUCACAAGGAACUCGGAUGUGAAACGACUUCUAGACGAGCAGUACUUUCAUGUGGAGGGAGAAUCCGGUACAGUCCAUGCUUGGGAACGCCGCUAUCGUCCCUUGCAGUGCUAUAACUGCCAGCAGAUCGGCCACAUAGCCAGGAACUGCACCAAGCCCCAAGUCUGCGCCAACUGUGCCACCGAGGGACACGAUCACAAGGCUUCAGGAACUGCAGGAAGCUCUACCCUUCCACGCAUGAGUAGCACGCUUCGGGUGAUCCAGUACAACGUGGCGAAGACCGCUGAGGCGCACGAGAGCCUGAUGAAUGACAACGCGAUUGAGGACGUAGCGGUGCUGGCCAUCCAGGAGCCCCAAGCACGACUGAUUAAGGGAAAUCUUCUGACAACGCCAAUGGCGCACCACAAGUGGACGAAGAUGGUGCCCUCUACGUAUCUGGAAGGGAGGUGGGCGAUCCGAAGUAUGCUUUGGGUCAGGAACGACCUAGAAGCAGACCAGGUCACCAUCGAGUCCCCGGACAUGACGGCGGCGCUCAUACGUCUCCCCGACCGCCAGGUGUUGGUCUUUUCAGUCUAUGUGGAAGGAAGAAAUGAUCAAGCGCUCACGACGACAUGCGAUAACUUGCGGAGAGUCAUCAACGACACGAGGCGAGACGCUGGCACUGUCGUGGAUGUGGUGAUUGCGGGCGACUUCAAUCGCCACGACCACCUCUGGGGAGGGGAUGACGUAAGGCUGGAAAGACAGGGUGAAGCGGACGAGAUCAUUGACCUCAUGAACGAAUUCGCCUUCACCAGCCUCCUCCAGCGGGGCACCAAGACUUGGCAACGUGGAGACCACGAGUCAACGAUCGACCUGGUCUUGGCGUAG